UUCUCGAAUUUGAGCAUGUUGCUGCAGUCAAUAUUAUGCCUUCAUUUUAACAAUUCGCUUGUUUCUUAAGCUAAUUUUUACAGAAUAAUUCCAUCUUAUGCUGUCGUAUUUACUGGAAAUCUGGAAUGAUAUUUUAUGCAUUAGUUUUGUGGCUGUUGCUCGGCCAUCUUUCCUUAAAGUGAGUCUUUGUCUCAAGUGAAGAUUGAUUAGAUAUUUAGAAGAUACACCUUUUGCCUGAAGAAAAAAAAUCCCUCAAGGCUGUAAUUUUUUGGUGUAUUCAUUCUUUUCCAUCUCAUAAUAGAUCUAAUACUUCUCCAACCAAGGAAAAGAAUCUUGGUUUUGAUUUGCCAACUAGUUCACCGCUUAAAACUACAACUGUGCUAAUGUUGUUCCCGAGUUGUCUGAUUGCUCAUGACUGCUGAUUUUCUAUCAAAGUUAUAUCCUAAAUAUUAUGAUUUUGGGUUAGUUUCUCUUGGGUGGCUGGUGUCAGUGCUUCCCUGAGAUCAAUAUGGCCAGGGCAAUUUUCUAUGGAGGCUUUCCUUCUCCGGGCACGGGCGCUGAACGUCUACAGACAAGCACUGAGAAUUGCUCGACGGGCUCCUAUUCAUUCCAGAGAUGAUUUGAGGCAGGCCAUUCGACAAGAAAUGGAGAAUAACAGGCACUGUGGCGACAAGCUAAGGAUACGUUUUUUGAUUAGUGAAGGCUUGGAGAGGUUGAAAGGUCUGGAUGAAAUGCUUGAUAUGCAGGGCCAUUAGAGUUGAAUUGUAUCAUGUAUUUGCUUCUGGAAGUGACAGGUUCACAAGCACAAGCAAAUAUUUGGUGGAGUUUCUAAAAUACGUACGGUUUAUGAAACUUGUGCCUCUUAACGCUCCAGGAAGGCUUGUAUAAAUGGUGGGGAAAAGAAUGCACUUUGAUUGUGUGAACUGUGAAGGAAUGGAAAGUGCAGCACUUCUCUGCCCCCUAUUUAUGAAUGGUCAAAUUACCCUUUAUUGUUA